ACAUCUGCAUUUUCUUUCAGCGUUUUCGCGAUUCCAUCCUUCCCGGGUGCCGCAUGUGGCGGCGGCUGGCUCCAUCCUGCCAAGCACCGCCUAACCGGUUUUGGAAAACUUCAGUGAUGGCUUGUUUCGUGCGUGUCGCGCAUUCGUCGGCCGUUUGGAGUGUCAGAUUGGCAGGCAUCUUCAGAGCGGCAGGCAGGACUGCGUAACCAUCAGCCCGCCUGGCCGUGUAUGGAGCUCCUAGACUCACCACUAGUGGCGACAUACAAAGGAGACGUGGCCAAGAUGUCGUUGUAUCUCGAAUGCUCAGCUCCCCUUCGGCAGCUGGUCCUGAGAUGGACUGAUCGAGCCCUGAUACUUGCCACUACCGACCUUAGCUGGGCCACUAACACAACCUAAUCAGAGCUGAUCGACGCAUCCAGACCGUCGGGUCGGGUAAGGUACUGCUGAACAUAAAACACAUAUCUCGAUGGCCCGUCUUGCUCAAGAUGGACCCGGCCUGGCUCCUUCCCGUGCCGCCGUCCCUUCACUAGCGCAGUCCAUCCACUACUUCCGCACAUUUGGACCCGAGCGGCCCCGACGAUCGGGAUCCAACUUCACCAGCCAGGGACGGGGGAAAGUGCUGGGCGUCAGACGACAAGGUGCAUGUCUGAGGUGCAGGAUACUCAAGAUCCAGUGCUCGCUCGACAACCCCUGCCAGCCCUGUCUACAGUCCGCCGUCAGGGGCUUCGAGAGAAAGGUUCUCUCCUUCGGCUACUGCGUGCGCACCCGCUUCGCCGACGUCAACAUCUUCGAGUCUUCUUCCCGAGAAGCCGCCGCCACCGCGACCAUGCAGAUUGAACCCCUUAUGCGGGCCAUGGGCGACCUGCUCUCCCGCAUUGCCACGCCCGCCAACUUUUCCCUCACAUCCAACCCCGCCGCCUUCAACAAAACCAUGCUCUCGUGGCUGACCGACCCCGACUUCCAGCUCCCCAACGGAAGCAUCGUCGGGCUGUGCUGCUCCAGCUUACUGGGUCUCCAGUUCCAGGAAGAAGAAGAAAGCACCACCGGCAACAGCAGCAGUACAGAAGGGGCCGGCCUGAUGUCCGGCUUCCGCCGCUUUCUCCUCGCCACAUCCCUCGUCCACGCCGGUUGGCGCGACAACAGCAACAACAGCAACAACAGCUCCAAAACCCUCCCGACCCGUGACCUCUGCGCAGCGGGGCAGACAUCGGGCUACCGCCUGCUCAAACACCUCGACCGCGUCCUCACGCCGCAAUUCCUCGCCGGCUGCGGCCGCCAGUCCUGCCAGGUGCUGUUCCUGCUUGUCCUAGGCGCCGUGCUGGGCGUGGGCUGCUCGGCCUCGCCAGCUUUUCUCGAGGACAGACACCACUACCACCAGUCGCCCACGUUCCCGUUAUCGGCGUCGGCGGCCGAGAUGAUGCUGAGCCCGGAGUUUCAGCGCAGCCCGACACUGUGGCUCGCCAUGAAGGAGCACCUGUGCCAGAUGCUGGCUCAUCAUUUAAUUUUUCUGGGGUCUAUGCUGGGGAUUCGGAUGGAGACAGGGUUGGAGCAGAGGAUUAUUGAUAAUGCUGCUGCUAUGUGGAACAAGGCGGAGGAGUUUGUUUGGGCUGAUGUGGUGGGCUUGGACAACCCGGUUCAGGCCUCGCUCAGCCGGGUUGAAGCUCCAGUUGCUGUCAAGAACGAGGAUGGGGAUGGGCAGUUCGUGCUGGGAGAUGCCAAUCCGGGGCUUGCACCGCCGCCGCCUCCGCGGCUCGUCCCGGUCAGUUGUCCGGAAACCAAGCAGUUUCAGCGUCGAGCGACGGACAAGUGGUCGGAGAACCCAGCGUCAUACCUGUCCAUGUUUGAGGAACCGCAACCCAUCCCAGAGCAUGAGUCUGCUGGGCGGGAAAGCGUCGCUCGAGCAGAGACACGACCGUCAUCAAGGAUAGGUACUCGGCCAGCAUCUCAACUACAAGCCAUCCCUCAGCCGAUGCGCCGCCCCGACGAUGAAGGGAAACGACGGUCAAUAUGGAUCGUCCGGCCGUAUGAUGCAGGACCCGAACACGGCAUAGUCAAUGUUCACGCGCGACUACGAGGUAGCCCAGGAACGGAGAGUCUACGGGCGUUGGAUGAUGAGGGUUCUUUGCCAUUUUACGAUGACACGACACAGUAUUGGUAAUAAUGAGACCGGUUCUUGCCCGUGACGGGGUUAAAAGGAGUCUGGCAGGGAUGUUUAUUGUAUGAUUGACGACCUUCCGAGGCUUUCGAGUCUUGUUGAUUCCAAUUACAUGAUUCAUUGAAACGGAACAAAACGGGUCAGAAUAGGGGACUUGGUCUACAUGCAGAACGGGUGGCAGGCUGAGCUGCCCUGGGACACAAACACUGUUCACAAUUAGACAAGGGAUCGUUACGUUGUUUCCAAACCGGUGGAUGUUCUUUGUUUGACUGUUACAAUGAAGAACUGGUUUGAUUACUUGCC